CUGCUCGUUAUCCAAUUCUGGCUCGUCCUUCGCCACUUAUGGAUGGGUGUGGCUCCUCCUUCGUGUGCCUUUCUUCGAUUAACUGGCUAGUUUUCUCUUCUGGGGUCGAUUCAUUAUCGCUUUCACUGCAUCAACUUCCUCUGGAGUGACUCAAUUCUCAGUCACUCUAGUUAAACUCUCCAAAAACAAUUCCGAAAGGUGCAUAACUUAAAUGCAGUCUCCUCCAAGUCAUGCACUCUUUAUGUCUGUGUAGAUUGCUGAAUGAGUUCCCAUGCCUUUGUUGGAGAUUACAAAUGCGCAGCGCUACUUCCACUGUUCUUCGUAUUCACUCGGAGCUCAAAAGCCUUUUUAUGGUAAAAUAACAUCAAUUUCGUUUACAUUUGGUAAUGAGCUGAGACUUCCUUGUGCUUGGAAAUCUCUGGAAAAGCUUAAAAAGGUGAGCUUCAAUGAGGGACGUGUUAAGUUACCAAGGGGCAGACUCUUGAUUAAGUCAGUUGCUACUCUUGAACCGAAGAGAUUGGCUGCAGAUGAAGAUAAAUGCUUGAGUUUCAAGGAUUCAGAGACAGGUGCAAAUUAUAGUCGGCCUAUAGUUCGGCGUGACUCUUUCAAUGAUGAACCAGAAGAGCUUGAUGAGAGGGAGAAGAUGAGAAGAAUGAGAAUUUCAAAAGCAAAUUCAGGAAACACGCCAUGGAACAAAGGCAGGAAGCAUAGUCCUGAAACUUUACAGAAAAUCAGGGAAAGAACCAGGCUUGCUAUGCAGAACCCUAAGGUCAGAAUGAAGCUGGUUGAUCUUGGACAUGCACAAACCAUGGAAACAAGACAGAAGAUUGGCAUUGGGGUGAGAAAGGGUUGGGAAAGGAGGAUUGCAAAAAGGAUGGUGCAGGAAGCUUGCAUCUUUGAGUGGCAGAAUUUAAUUGCAGAAGCUUCUAGACAAGGCUUUGUUGGUGAGGAAGAGAUGCAAUGGGAUUCCUACGGAACUUUGAAUGAACAGCUGCAGCAGGAGUGGCUUGAGAGUGUUGAACAAAGGAAAAAGAUGCAAAGGGCGCCUCAUAGUAAAAGAGCACCCAAAUCUCCUGAGCAGAGGAGGAAGAUUGCUGAAGCCAUCUCUGCAAAAUGGGCUGAUCCUGAAUACCGCCAAAGAGUUUGCUCUGCAUUGGCCAAGUAUCAUGGUACUGCUGAUAAAACUGAAAGGAAACCAAGGAGAAAGCCAAGUGAUGGUACAGAAUCCACAAGGAGGAACCCUCUAAGGAAAAAGUCUACUGAAACUAGAAGUUUUGCCAACAGUAAUGGGAGAAUUACUCAAAAGCAGCUGAGAAGAAGAUCAUCUCCUGUUUACAAGGAUCCUUUGGCGAGUUUUAAGUUUGACAUGAUAAUGAACAUCAGAGCACAGAGAGCCGAUGCAGAAACCAAACAGACUGAGGCCAUUGAGCGAGCAAGACUAUUAAUUGCUGAGGCUGAGAAGGCUGCCAAUGCGCUUGAGGCUGCUGCAACCAAGAGUCCUAUUGCACAAGCUUCCCUCAUGGAAACCAGGAAGCUUAUAAAUGAAGCUAUUCAAUCACUCGAAUCCAUUGAAACACAACAUAUAACUGAGAGUGCUGUUUCUUCUUCUGUUUCCCUGAGCGAGACUGAUCAGGAAAAAGGUGCAACACUGGAAGUUUUAAACCAAUCUGAUAUUGUUCCAGUAAACGGACACAGAGCAUUUCCAUCAAGUGAUUACAAGUUAGCUGAUGGUAAAUUUUCCCUGCACGAGUUGCUUAAUGGUGAUCUAAAGCUUCACCUUUCAGCUACCAACGGUAUUGCAUCCUCUCCUUUGGGUUUUGAAAGUGAAUCGGAUUCAACAAGUGAACCAAAGGAAAACCUACAAGACCAGGGCAAGGAGCACAAGGCAGACUCUUCUCCAAAAGUAAUGGGAAUUCAAUCCGUUAAAGAUGAAACACCCUCUAAAUCGCUUGCUGUGACUAAAAAGUGGGUUCGUGGGAGACUGGUUGAAGUAAUUGAAGAAACUCAUUAGAAUUGAUAUAGAACAAGAUUAGUUCAGUUUCAAACGCUAUCAUAGAUACCACAAUUUGUUAAUUUUCAUUGUCAUCAUUGUUUUCUCACUCAUUUUCUUUCUCUCU